UAAACCUCUCCACCGCCGUCAGCCCGCCGUCGCCGCCGCCCGGCCGCCGGUGGUCGGAAAAAAUAAUAAUUUUUCUUUUCUCGCGCGUGUCCGUGUGCGCCUCCGGGCUUCGUCCCAAUCCAGAACACCAGGAACGCUUCCAGGCCACAGUGGUCGCACAGUUUCGCGACUACCAACCAGAAAAGUUUUCCGGACAAGGAGAUCCUCGUAUAGUAGAUGAAUGGGUUCAGGGCCUCGAGAUUAUUUUUGAG